AUGGCGGCGACGCCGCGCGUCGCCGCGGCGCGACGAUCGCGCGGCGGCCUUCGUCGUCCACCACACGGAAUCGCGCUUCGUCUUCAUCAUCAUCGCGCGCGCUCGCCGCCGCCGCCGCCGUCGCGACGCCGCGCGCUCCGACGACGCGCGGCCGCGUCCUCCGACGACGCCGCGUCCUCCACGUCGACCGAGGCGCGCGACGCGCCGCCGCCGCGAACUCCUCCCCGGCGCGGCCGAGACGCCUCCUCGCUCGACGACGCGGUACCGUCGCGGCGACCGCCGACGCUCGGCGCGCGCGUCGAUAUCGCCGGGUCCGUCCCCGAGAUCGAGUGGCACGCGGCGACCGCGACGAGAUCCCGCCGCGACGACCUCGCGCGGACGCUCUCCAACCCCGCGACGUUCCGCGAGCCUCUGAUCCUCCGCGGCGCCGCGGACGCGUGGCCCGCGGUGUGCGACGCGACGCGCGAGUGGACGCUGACGCGCCUCGCGCGCGAACACGCCGACUUCGAGGGCGAGGCGAGGGUGUUCAACGACCGCGGCGCGACGAGGCUCGGCGUGCGCGACGACAGCUUCGUGUUCGUCGAGCCGAGUCACCCGGCGGUGCGAUCGGGCGCGUUCGACGCGCCGAGCGCGACGGAGACGGUGUCGAUCCGCGACGUCGCCGCGCGCAUGAUCGACAACACGUCGGGAAGGGACGGCGUGUAUCUGCAGGCGACGCUCGGCGAUUCGCCGCUCUCGGCCGAGGUCGGAUUAGGAGGGUCCGGCGACGGCGGCGUCGCGGAGGAGGAGGAGCCGUGGAAGAGCAUGGAGGACGCCGGGUGGGCGGAGACGCAGCCGCCGCGGCUGUGGCUCUCCGCCGCGGGCGCGACGACGCCGUUGCAUUUCGAUCAGAGCGUCAGCGUGCUCGCGCAGGUGCACGGGACGAAACGGAUGCUGUUGUAUCCGCCGUCCGCGCUGAGCCGAGCGCACUUGUACCCGAACUGGCACCCGCUGCGGAGGAGGAGUAAAGUGCGGCUGGACGCGGUCCUGAGCGAGGAGGAGUCCGCGGCGGCGUGGCCGCGGUGGACAGGCGGCGGCGAGGGCGAAGGCGGCGAGGGCGAAGGCGACUCGAUCGGCGAGUUGAAAAACAACGUCGUCGGGUCCGGGUCCGCGUUCGCGUCGCCCCCGAAGGCGUGGGAAGCGGUGCUCGCGCCAGGGGACGUCCUCGUGUUCCCGCCGCGGUGGGCGCACUACACGGAAUCCCUCGGCCCGAAGGUGUCCGCGUCCGUGACGAGGCGGUUUAAGGCGACGCGGGCGAACCCGCCGGCGCCGGCGCCCGGAGACGUCGCGAUCGGCUCGGAGGAGGGCGUGACCCCGGAGUCUCUGGACGCCGCGCGACGGUUCGCGCGGUGGGCGGAACGCAGAGGGUUCGUCCAGAACCCGACGCGCGCGGCGUCGCGCGCGGCGAGCUCCGCGGCGCGAUCGCACGCGCACUUAGCCAGAGACGACGACGACGACGACGACGACGACGAAGUCCUUAAGGAACGGCGUUCACCACGCGAACGCGGUCGUAUGGGAACCAGUCACGACGACGACGACGACGACGACGACGACGACGCGGCGGAUGACGAACCCCUUGAAACGUAUUCGAAUUUCGCGCACGGCCACGCGAGCGAAGGCCGCCGGUCGAUCGCGCAGCUCGAGGCCGCGCGCGUCGUCCGCCCCGUCUCGCGGCUGUCGCGGCUCGACGAUCACGGAAGGGUCGUCGCGGAAGACUGCGCGGCGAGCGCGCAGAGCCGGUCGUUUCGGCGGACAGGGGGCGCCGCGGGGCGAGGCGGCGCCGCCGCGUGGGCCGAGCAGUGGUGGGCCGCGACCGAGGACGCGGGGGACAUCGCGCUGAGAGUCUUCAACAACGGCGAGGUGGGCGCGACGGUCGAGGCGGGCGCGACGGUCGCGGACGACGACGCGACGGUUAACGGCGGGAUGAACGGACACCGCGUGAAGGUGAACCUGCGCGGCCCGUUCAGAGACGCCGCCGGGGAGGACGUCGUCAGGGUCGACCUCGCGAUCGUCCCGGGCGGCGGCGGCGACGCUUCGUCUUCCGCUUCCGGCGGCGUUCCGUCUUCCAGCCGACUGACGUCCGACCGCAUCACGCGCGCGGACUCGGAGAUCGCCGCGGGGCGCGUGAUUGGCGUGUACGCGCGCGGAUCCGUCGCGCGAGGCGAAGCGCGCGCCGGCGUCAGCGACGUCGACGUCGUCGUCGUGCUCUGGGGCCACGAGUCCGCGGACGACGUCGUCGAGCUCGCGCGUCAGAAACGCACGCUAAAGAAGCGUUUAUCCUCGAAAGAAGAGUGGCACGGCCGCUGGGGGCACCUCGCGACGAAGGCGGACGUGCGGGUGGUGACGGUGCCGCCUCCGCCGCAUCCCGCGGGGACGGCGCUCGCGGCGGCCAUCGCCGGCGAACCCCUCUCCCGCCAGUCCAAACCGAACGCGGCGGCGUCCGUGACGCUGUGCCUGGGCGAAGAGAACACGUUCGUGCUCGCCGCGGAGUGCGCGACGGUGUACGGGCCGGACUUGCCGAAGAUGCUUCCCGCGAGCGCGCGGACGCCGCCGCUUCGGUGUUUGCCCACGCUGUUCGAGGACGUCACGGAGGCGAUCGCGGACGGCGGCGAAACGGCUCUGAAAUGGGCGUUACGGCGUAUACUACGCGCCGCGUUCGAGCAGCACGUCGUCGCCGGCGAGGCGUGCCACGUAGGCGGCGCCGCCGCGGAGCCAGGGUGCGGGUACUACACCCGAGAUUUGUAUCACUGCGCCGCGUUGGUGUCGGACGCGAAGCCCGAGCUCGGGGAGGACCUCGCGAGCGCGCUCGUCGCCGCGGUGUACGGGCCGAGGGCGGCGUGGGGGGGGUUGUGGUGGGCGUGCGGCGCGGCGACCGCGCAGCGGUUGCGCGACGCCGUCGUCUACGGCGACGAGUGAGGCGACGAGCGACGAUGCGAAUAGUGCGUACCUCGCGCGACGACGACGACAGUGGACGCCGCCGCCGUAGAUCGCGAUGAGUUAUUUAAUCCCACUACCUUAUUACUAUG